UAUAUGCAUAUCCGUAUAUGGUAUAACUAAACGGCGGCUGCCGAACUUGUCCUCCAUUAGUGCGGCCAGUAACAAUUUAAAUGGCCUAACAUCAUUCGAACCAUGUGUUUGUGUGCCAGAGUGACAGAUAAAAAUAGUUGUUACGUUACACCAGCCAGUCGUAACUUUUAGCCUCAUUCUUCACGAACCAGUUGUUUAAUUUUAAACCCCAAAUGAUCACUUCUACUAUGCUUUUGGCAUUUGCUUUCUUGUUCAGCUGUUUCCUUGCUUCAAUUUAUGGAGACUCAAACAACCAGUUAGAAGCAUGUGAAAAGAACCGGAAUCACUUUGGAUAUCUUUACACCUCUGGAAGUUACUAUCCAGGAUUCAACGGUACAGACUGUAAGUUUGGGUACAGUUUGUUCAAUCACAAGACCCCCACGCUAGACUUGUCUAGUUGCGAGAUGACAAAGGACCUCAAAAACAACUCAAUAUGUCUCGAGCAUAUCAAAAUUCAGAGUGGAAGUGAUCCUGCAGACCUCGAUGGAAUCCACGUUGAGCUGGUCAUAGAGGGAAAAUUGAAACCCCGAGGAUGGCCCAUUCUGUUUGAACAAACUCACACAGAGUUCAUGUUCAAGCAGUUGAACUUGACUCUGAUGAGUGGAUUGGAAGAGGGAGGCACAAUGUUCUGUCUCGAGCUGCAGCACUUCAAUCUAACAGUUCAUUCCACUAGUGGCAUGAUAGAGGUGUUGGUGUGGAUAGAUGCUCUACCAAUCGACUAUUCAGAUUCAUACCAGGCGAGAUGGAUAGUAGGAGAUAUGACGCCAACCUCGAUACGAGGAGGUGGAAAAGAGUCGGUGCCGAUAAUAAGGAUGAUUGGAAUCUUGGCUGGAAUCUUCAUUUGCAUCUUGAUUCUACUGGCUGUCGGGAUCUGCAGCAGAAACAGACUCUCCUGUGAAAAGAAUGAAUAUGCAGUGUAAAAUGACACACUGAAUCAAAUACCAACAACUUGAUUCAGGUCAUUGAAACGAUACGCAAAAUGGUACACUGCUCCACAGCUGGCCACUGAACUAGAAUGCAACCAGUACCCCGAACCUCCAUCCAUGAGCAAACGAAAUAACUUCAUCAAUGCCGAAAAUUUCGAGAACGACUGGCGUCAAGUUUUGCGAGAAGUUGAGAACACGACAGGAAAAUUUAGAAACUGGAAUUCAUAAUGGAUCACUUACGAAACUUGAAAAACAAAUAAACUUCAUAAUAGCUAACUUAGCAAUUUUAACUAACACAAAUGCAUGCUUAGAUAGCA